AUGCCCAAGCCAGGGCAGCAGCGGCAAACAAAGGGUGUUUUCUUCUGCUCACCCCGUUUUUUUCUUGUUCCCAACAGGAAACACAGACUGACAAGAACUCAAAGUGCCUUUUCCCCGGUUGUUUUCAGCCCCCUCUUCACAGUGCUGGGUUCCUGGCUCGGUUCUGUCACACUUGCUCUGUCUCUCUCCUGCUCUCUGACCCUCUCUUGCCUCUGUUCUCUCCUAGAUGAUAUCAGUGGGACGCUGCCUCCAUCUGUCCUAGUGGGUCCAAUGGGCUCUUCCCUGCAGUCUUUCCCUCUGCCUCCGCCUCCUCCGCCCCACGCCCCAGAUGCCUUUCCCAGGAUUGUCCCAGUGCGGCCUCCAGAGGGGGGGGUGGCCCAGCCCAUCCCACACCUGCAGUGUCCCCUCUCCCGACCCGAUUCCAGCAGCUUCGCCGCCAGCCUGAGGGAGCUGGAGAAGUGUGGGUGGUACUGGGGCCCCAUGAACUGGGAGGACGCCGAGAUGAAGCUGAAGGGGAAACCCGACGGGUCGUUCCUGGUGCGGGACAGCUCCGACCCCCGGUACAUCCUGAGCCUGAGCUUCAGGUCCCAGGGCAUCACCCACCACACCAGGAUGGAGCACUACAGAGGGACCUUCAGCCUGUGGUGCCACCCCAAGUUUGAGGACCGGUGCCAGUCGGUGGUGGAGUUCAUCAAGAGGGCCAUCAUGCACUCCAAAAACGGGAAGUUCCUCUACUUCCUGCGCUCCAGGGUCCCAGGAGAAUAA